UUGCAAUACGGACGGGAACAAAGGAAUUCAUCAGCAAUUAAAAGGAAGCAGGGACAACACCAGCAGAACACGAGGAUCACGACGACGUGGAUCAAAGUGUAUGGCCAUCACAUCCAUCAUCAUCAUCAUCACAGCCAUCAACCAUCACACCAUCCAUCACUCUUCUAGCUGUUUCCAAGCUAACACUUCAGGAUUUUUCGUACGGUACUGUCACGCCUUUUUGUAGUAGCGAAAGGUGAAAGAUUUUGUGGGUCCAAGACAGAGAGCACGAAGAAUUAGAUUAGCAAUCAGUAGACAAUUAAAUGAAUAUUGUGACGAAGUAACAAACAACGAUCAGGAAAUCGGACGGGAUAAUGUUCAGCCAUUGAAUUCCUUUGGAGUUCAUUCAUUAGAAAAUGUAGAUGCCCAGAUAGAAGAUAUUGAGGUUCAAGAUAAUGAGGAUCAUAAUUCCGAUCGCGAGGCUGAACAUUAUUCCGAUUGCAAGGUAUUGGACAAAAGUUUUUCAUCUGAACUUGAUGAUAGUACUUCCUCUGAGAACGUAAUAAUAGCUUGUGAUUUAAGUGAUUUUGAAGAUGUAUUCGAUUUUAGUUUGGACGAUUUUCAACAGGAUGAAAGCGAUGUAGACGUUGAUUCAGUGGACGACGACGGUCAAGACAGAAAUUGUGAUUGGGAUUAUUACGAAGAAAAUGAGGAUAUUAGUGAAAAGCAGCGUUAAGAUCUAUUUAAAGGUCGUCUUUCUCAUUGGGCCGUAGUUACUAAUGUUUCAAGGAGUAUUGUCGACAAAUUGUUGUCCAUUUUAAGAUCUGAACAACAUUUUUCGUUUCUUCCUAAAUCUUAUAAAACUUUAUUAGGAACUCCUCGUAAGGUUAGUACAAUUCAAGUAAACCCUGGUCGUUACUAUGGAUUUAAUGUAUUGAAAGGAAUUACGUCUUCUCUUGACAGUUUGAAUGCACAAUUUCAAUCUCGAGAAGUUGUUCUUAAGAUGUACGUUGGUUGCGAUGGGUUACCCUCUAGUAAAAGCACGAACAGUCAAUUUUGGCCUGUUCUAGGGCGAUUGAAACUGAAAGGAGCAAAAGUAUUUGAUAUCGGUUUUUAUCAAGGCACUUCCAAACCUGAAAACGCUAAUGAGUACUUGCAUGAUUUUUUAACUGAAAUUUCAGAAUUAAUGGUGGAAGGCUUUCAGUACAAUGGCAGUCUGAUAAAAAUUGAAAUUGAAGCCUUUUGUUGUGACGCGCCAGCGCUCAGUUUUAUUAAAUGCGUCAAACCUUGUGGAUCCUAUUUUGGUUGCAGUAAAUGCGAGACACAAGGGGAGUAUGUACAUAACGAAAGUGGAAGGGGAGGGAGGGUUACUUUGCCAGAAAUCGACGCAAUUCUCAGAACGGACGAAUCUUUCCGUAGUCGUGAGCAACAAACGCAUCACACGGGACUUUCUAUUCUAGAAAAUUUGCCGAUAAAUAUGACGAAUGAUUUUCCCAUUGAUCCAAUGCAUCUGGUAUAUUUGGGUGCAAUGCGUAAAUUACUUCAUAUUUGGUACAAUCAAAGGAGAAGCAUGAAAGUUAGAAUUUCAAAGCAGAUAAUUUCAGAAAUUUCUGGGAUUUUAGAAGAUAUUGCAAAAUUAAUUCCUGUUGAAUUUAGCAGAAAAACAAGGUCUUUGGACGAAGUUUCUCGAUUAAAAGCAACAGAAUGUAGGUUAAAACUGCCUUAUGUUUUACCUGUCAUCUUAAAACACAGACUGCCAGAAGAAGUUUAUAACCAUUUCAUGCUUCUCCACAUAGUUAUUAGAAUUUUGUCAUGCGAUGAGAAGGUUAAGGAAGAAGAUAACAUCGAAUACGCAAAUAACCUUUUGAUUCGUUUUGUUGAACAAUCCCCUUCAAUUUACGGGGAUAAGUUUGUCAGCUACAAUAUUCAUAAUCUUAUACAUUUGGUAGACGAAUGUAGAAGGUUAGGUCCAAUGGAAACAUUCAGCUGCUUCUCAUUUGAGAUCAUCCGGCACAUUCUCCAAGGUGCCCACGAUCAUGCUGUAACAAGAGAAGGAAAAACUAAGGCAUGGAAUGAGAUUCAUGAGGCAAUCAGCUUAGAGUUCCCCGAUGGUGAUCCAAAAAACUGUUCUCAAGUAAAGAAAAAAUGGGACAAUCUCAAUAGAGAAGCAAGAGCUGAGAUUGCCCAGUAUAACUCAUCGAUAUGUGGGACAGGUGGAGGCCCUGAAUAUCAAUUUCAGAAACCACUUCACAAAAAGAUUUUUGAAGAUGUCAUAGGAGUAAAUAAUCCAGCAAUAGCUAAUGGAGGAAUCGAAGGAGGUGUAGAGAGUGAAACAGCUAGCAGUAGCUGCGUGGUUAAGGCAAGAAAGUUAACACCAACUCCAAAUGUCGAUGACAUUGAUGAAGAUGAGAGCAGCAAUCAUAGCGUUAUAACAAGCGAUGGGAUUGUAGAUAUUACGGAUGAUGGGAACGUUCUUUCAAUCACUCCGACUCCAUCAAUGCCUGACAAAAUAUUUAUAACUGAAGGUGUUAGUUGCAACGGCCGCUCUACACCCAAAACUACACGAUCAACAAUGAGUGCGACGAAAAAGAAAAUUUGUCAGUUAAGUGACGGAAUAGGAAACAAACGACUGAAAAGGGAAAGAUUUGUGUAUUUAAACGUGUUGAUGGAAAGUAGAGCUCGUUUAGGGGUUCCUGUAACUAUGGAAGAAGUACCUGAAGACCUUUACGAAAUAAUGAUGAAUCUAAAAGAACAUGUUUGA